AUGAUUUCAAUUGUAACCGUUAUUAAGCCUUCCAAGGAGGACGGCACCGCUGCAAACGGCGAUGGUAUCAAGGAGGGCAACAAGUGCGGCUCCGCGACCGCGAAUCACUUCCGUAGCCUUUCCAUGGAGAGUCUUAUGGGAAAGCUCCAGGACACCAUGACCAACACCUCAAGUUCGGAGUUCAACAGCACCGAGAUGAAGAAGAUUCUGGCGAACAAGAAGCUCGCAGAAAUGGCAGAAACAGAUUCAAAGAGAAUCAAGAGGAUUUUGGCGAACAGGCAAUCAGCAGCUCGAUCGAAGGAGAAGAAGCUGAGGUUCAUCUCAGAAUUAGAGAACAAGGUGCAAGCUUUGCAGACUGAAGCAACUAUACUAUCUGAGUUCAUAUUGGCUGAUUAUCCUAGCUCCGCCCCUGGUUAUGUUGAUUAUUUCAUGGCUCAUGAACAACUCCUUGACCAGAGAGGAAUAACAGCACUGAAAUGUCAGAACAAUGAGCUUAGGAUUUGUCUUAAAGGCAUGGAACAGCAGGGAAAAUUAAGAGAUGCCAUUAAUGAAGCACUAAAUGCAGAGCAGCUAGAACAACAGAUGAAUGUUGAACUUGAGCAAGACUCUUGA